AUGUUAUUUUAUAAUCGUUUACAACUUAUUCGUUUCUUUCUUGUACUAAUUUGUUUUGAUCAAAUGACAACAUCUACAACAAAAACAUGUUGGCCAGAAUUAGUAGGUAAAAUAGCUGAUGAAGCUGUACAAGUAAUUAAAGAAGAAUCUGGUUUAUCAAAAGUUCAUGUUUGUGGGCCAGGAUCAAGAACUACACGUGAUAUUGAUGAUGAACGUGUUCGUGUUUAUGUUGAUGAAAAUGAUCGAGUAACCACUGAACCAAUUAUUGGAUAA